AGGUGCCUUUGAUAACGAUGAUAUCAUCCAUGUUGAGGGGAGUGUCAACCCAGUGCGUGACAUUGAGAUCAUACACGAGGAACUGCGUCUGAAAGACGAAGAAAUGAUCAUCGCUGCCAUAGACAAGCUUGAAAAAGUAGCUGUAAGAGGAGGAGACAAAAAGUUAAAACCAGAAUAUGAUAUAAUGGGCAAAGUAAAAACCUGGGUGAUAGAUGAAAAGAAUCAUGUCCGUUAUUACCACGAAUGGAACGACAAGGAGAUUGAAGUGCUUAAUAAAUACUUAUUCCUGACCUCCAAGCCAAUGAUCUAUCUAGUCAACCUCUCUGAAAAAGACUACAUCCGCAAGAAAAACAAGUGGUUGAUAAAAAUUAAGGAGUGGGUGGACAAGCAUGACCCGGGUGCUAUGGUCAUCCCUUUUAGCGGGGCCUUGGAACUGAAGCUGCAAGACAUGAGUGAUGAGGAGAAGCAGAAGUAUCUGGAAGAGAAUGUGACACAAAGCUCCUUGUCCAAGAUGAUUAAAACCGGAUAUGCUGCACUGCUGCUCGAAUACUUCUUCACUGCAGGCCCCGAUGAAGUGAGAGCAUGGACCAUCAAGUCUAAAGGGACAAAGGCUCCUCAGGCUGCAGGGAAGAUUCACACAGAUUUUGAGAAGGGAUUCAUUAUGGCGGAGGUAAUGAAAUUUGACGAUUUCAAAGAAGAAGGCUCGGAAACGGCUGCCAAGGCUGCAGGAAAAUACAGACAACAAGGGAGGAAUUACACGGUAGAAGACGGAGAUAUUAUUUUCUUUAAAUUCAAUACACCUCAACAACCCAAAAAGAAAUAGUUUUAAACAUGGAAAGGCUGCUUUUUUUUUUUUUUUAUUUGUACUUAGAAUAUUUCUGUUCUGAAAUGCCCGGGAUCCAUCUCUCCUCUUCUCCCUCCCCACCAAAUAAAUGCUGUUUGUUUGGAAACGAUACGUGUCACCUCACUGUGAAAAUCCAAGUU